AUGAAAAGGAAGUUAUACAAAAUAAUAAUAAACUUUUCACAAUUACUUAAUUUUUUACUACCUAAUUCUAAACCUUAUUUAAAAGCCACAUAAUACUAUCGUAGUUAAGUGAUUAAAAGAAGAAUGCUUUCAUAGAUUUUUCUGAAAAUUUUAUAAUUUCUUAAUGCUUAUGGUUUCACAGGAGCCUUAAUUGAAUAAUUGCAAAAUAAAUUGAAUCAAACUGAAUAAAAAUUUUUACUUUUAGAAAUAACAAUGAUUUUAGCUAAAAAAUUAUAAAUGAGUUAGAGAAUAAGCUCUUGGAUAGUGUUUAGAAAAGUGUAAAAUUAUAAUAAUAAAAAGGAUUAAAUGCAAAUAAAAUUUGAGAAAAUCUCAGAAUCAUUAAGAAAUUGUUAAGUAAAUUAAGAACUAAUAUACACUUGCUGA